UGCUGGUGAGCAUGAGCAAUAGCAUAUUCGCUUGUUACUUGUUGCAGUUUCAGCCUUAGAAGAUUGGAUUACCUCACCACCAAUCACGAUAACCCUAAACAGUUAUACCUCCUUCGGUAGGAAUCUUUAUCGCUUCCACUUUCCUCGAUCGACAAUUUCUGCGAACCCCAAAUUCUCAUUUCGCUCUUUCUUUCUUCAUCUCAGAAUUUGGUCUCUUCAAUCCACUAUGUCGAGCCGAGGCGGAAGAGGUGGAAGAGAUCGGUCUAGGAGGGAUUAUCCUUCAAGAUAUGAAGACAGUAAGGGGAAUGGUGGUAUGGGGCGUGGUGGCGGUGGUAGCAGCAGCGACAAUGGCAAUCCUCCUUCCAGACACCUUUGGGUUGGGAAUCUAUCCCACAACCUUGUAGAGGAUGAACUUGCUCAUCAUUUCAUACGUUUUGGCCCGUUGGAAAAGGUUGCAUUCCAACCCGGCCGAAGCUAUGCUUUCAUCAACUUUGAAGUGGACGAAGAUGCCAUCGAUGCCAUGAGAUCACUGCAAGGUUUUCCUCUUGCUGGCAACCCGCUUAGAAUCGAGUUUGCAAAGGCGGAUAAGCCAUCGACAGUAACACGUGAUGAAGAUUAUUCACGUGAUGAACGAAGAUCAGCAUUGCGGGGAUCUCCUUUCCCCCAAAGGGAUAGAGGACGUCAUGGUAGCCCUGAACCGCAUUAUUCUGACAAAUCCAAGUUGAGUGAGAAAAAUCCAGAGCCCAGUGAGGUUUUGUGGAUUGGGUUCCCAGCUCAGUUGAAGGUGGAUGAAUUAAUUUUGGGAAGGGCUUUUUCUCCAUUUGGUGAGAUUGAGAAGAUUUCGACAUUUCCAGGUCGUAGUUAUGCGUUUGUUCGCUUUAGAAGUGUGACUUCAGCUUGCAGAGCGCUAGAUAAUCUGAAGGGAAAUUUAUUUGGGAAUCCCCGUGUACAUAUUUGUUUUGCCAAGAGUGAAUCAGGUCCAUCAAACACUGGAAAGAGCUCAUUUAAUGGCCCUCGAUCCCCAUCAUACAAGUCAAGUGGACAUGGUGGAUCUUUCGAGAACUUCAGGCAGGAUAGGAGCUUUGGUGGGGAGCAGAACAUUAGGUCUCCAAAUCUGUUCCCGAAUUGGGAUACUCAAGAUUCUGAUGCUUAUGACAUUAACAGAAGGGGUUCUUCACGGGCUGGUGGAAUUAACACAUAUGAGCAGAGGAAAUUUGGAGAGAAGGGGACUCCACUUGGAGCAUCACAAGAACUCUAUGAGCAUAUAAAUAGUCCACCAAGAGAAAGGCAUGUUCAUCAGGGUGAUUUUCCACGGAAUUAUCCUCAAAGGGGUCCAUUCUUUGAAGAUCCACAGCGCUUUCCAGAAGAUGCUCCGUAUCUACAUGCGGCCAAAAAGCUAAAGAUGGGCUCUUCUCCUCCUGAGGUAGAGCUUCCAGAGUAUGCUUUCUCUGAGUUAGAAAGACAAAAACAUGUUUUCCCAAGAUUACCUGAUUUUCCUCACCAUGAACCUUUUGAUAAAAGCUUUGAUGCUGGAAAUUUCACUUUUGGUCAAACAUUUAAUCAGCCACCAAGUUCACCUCCGAUUCGAUUAGAUAGACACGAAGGCUGGAAACCUUAUGAUAGUUUCCAAAUGGGUCCUGGUGCUCUCCAAUCAAAUUUUGUUGAGAAAAAAAGACUUACACCUGAACCUGAUAAUUCAUCUUCAACUGAGUGGAAAUGGGAAGGAACCAUUGCUAAAGGUGGGACUCCUAUUUGUCGUGCCCGCUGCUUCCCUGUAGGGAAAGUCCUAGAUAUUGCAUUACCAGAAUUCUUAGAUUGCACUGCAAGAACUAGUCUAGACAUGCUUUCAAAGCACUACUACCAAGCAGUUGGCGUUUGGGUUGUUUUCUUUGUUCCGGGAAGUGAUGCUGACAUGGAAUUCUACAACGAGUUUAUGCAUUAUCUGGAGGAAAAGCAGCGUGCUGCAGUUUCCAAGCUGGAUGACAAGACCACCUUAUUUCUUGUACCUCCAUCAGUUUUCUCAGAGAAAGUGUUAAAGGUACCUGGUAAAUUGAGCAUAUCUGGUGUUAUUCUAAGGUUGGAAUAUCCUGGUUUAAACCAGGGUCCUAUGCACAUUGAAAGAGAAAUGAAAAAUGAAAGCCUAUCAUCUUCCUAUAAUGAGAAUACGUUGUAUCCAAAUUCAUCAUUUCCAUCACUACGCAUACCUACAAACACUCAACCAUCUAGUUCCGAAUUGGGUAAUUCCGGAAUUAGCAAUCUUUCAUUUCUGGGAAACAAAUUUGCAGCAGCUCCAUUCGUAUCGGAUUCAGCUCGUUCUAUGGCCAGCAUGCCUGAGUCCUACGAUGAAAGAAGUCGUGACUAUCCUUCCAUCCAGCCGCAAACAUCUGGACCAAACUGGCCUUCUCACAAUCAGCAAAACUUUAUGCCUAAUAGAACUUUACCUUCGCAUCUAUUGAGUGGUGCUGUUGAACCUAUCAUUGAGGAGCGUCAGCCCAUGUUUAAUGUGAUCUCAAAUCAACAUUCCAGCGGAAUUUCUGGUAUUCCAUUGAGUGGAAAUAGCAUGUCAUCAUAUUCAGAAAUAAGAAAUUUUGAUCCUUCAACCCCUGUGGGAGCCCUGCAACCAGAACAGCUUGCACAGCUAGCUGCAUCUCUUCUUGAGCAGCAGAGGCAAUCGGGAAGCUCUUUGAGCACAUCGACAAUGGGUGAUCCCAGGCAGAACAGAUUUAAUGAGUCUGAAACAUCAUCCAGACCAUCGUAUGCUGUAGAAAACAACGCAGUGGCGAAUUCUGAAUUCUCAACAACUCAGUUUAGUCACGUUCUACAGUUGCAAAAGCAGCUACAGCAGAUGCCAAAUGUGCCUCAGAUGUCACAGAUGAGUCAAAUAGAACAACAAAGAGAGGUUAAUGGAAAUCAGCAGCUGGCAGAUAAUAGCUUGCAGGAAGAUGGAGAAGCAGAUCCACAGAAACGUUUACAAGCAACACUACAGCUGGCUGCUGCUCUUCUUCAGCAAAUCCAGCAAGGAAAAGGGAAUUGAGAAAUUGCCAGGAUAUCAGCUGUUGCUUUCAGAUUUGGAUCCCUACAUCAAUUGCACGGUAUAACAGCUUGGGGGAUUCAUUUCUGUUCUUUUCCUAAUUUAAUGUCUUUAAAAUGAGGCGAAAUGGUUGUCAUCGGAAUGUUCAGAUUUAAGAAUAAUGCCAGUGGUUUUUUAAGUAAUGAGAUUUCAUCACAAUGUAGUUCUUGGUUUUUCACAAUCAGUUCUUGCUCCAGAA